CAUAAUGAAAAACGCUUCUAGAAGCAAGUUUCUGCUUUGCUUCCGACCAGUGGUCGAUAUGGAAAUGGUGGUCGAGUCCAAAGGCGUCGUCGUUGAUCGCCCUACGCGCAGAGCUAGAACUAAGCCGAUCGAAAACACCAAGGUUGAGAGGACCAAGGUGGUGGAGGUGAGGGAGGAAGAGGAGGAGGUUGAAGUCAAGGCCCCGUUGACUAAAACCAUGUCUUUGGACAGACAGUGCUCCAUGAUCAGUUCUCAGUGCUCCAAAGUGCCUCGGUCUCGUCACAAUCGGACGUUUUCUAGGGUCAUCAAAGCUGUCGUCUUUGAAACGAUUCUGGCGAAGAAGGUUCGAGACGGCAGAGCUUUCCGGCAAGAUUCGUUCGGAUCAAAAAGGAGAGGAAGUUCUCUGAGUUUGGAGAGUGAUGAAUUGAUGACCACACCUUCAGAAACUAACGCUCGUCAAGUCAGAGUCAGUUCUAGUUCGAAUCCGGACUCUGCGAAACAGAGCCCAAAAAAUCAAGAAGACUCUGUUAGGAAAUUGAAGAAGAACGAAAAGGGUUCUUGUGAGCUUCACUCGGGAAUAUAUUUACUUCUCAUCAGCCUCGGAAUCACUGUUUUCUGGGGAAGGGUACUCGCUAUUCUCUUCACAUCAAUCUGGCUUUACUUUAUCUCAUGGCGUUGCGCAACUAGUAAUCUCCGGCAGUCGGAAAACAUGAGAAAGUGGUCGGAGGCGGAGUUAAGGGAUCAGAAGAGGAGGGUCAUUAUGGAAGGGCUGAUUGAAAGAAACCAUCAUCUCCACAGUAGUCAGAGAGCGCAUUAAAUCUUUGACGUGGAAAUAGGAACUGCUCUGUUUCGUGUAACCUUGCUCUGGAAAUAGGAAGGGCUAAAGGGCAGAACUUUCUUGUGUACAUGGGAAAAAAAACACCAGGAACAUUCUGUAUCAUCUACAUAGUUACUUCCCCUUUGUUUUGUUUGUUUCCCCUCUGUGUCUCGUAUGGUUCACCUAAUAUAAAAGUAUAUGAUUCACGAAACAAAUCGGAAGUAAAACUCAUAUAGUUU